UCGUUUCUUAUCAGCGGGGUUUGCGGCUUUUUCAUCGUGUUUAUAAUUCAAAAACAUUAAAUUUUUAUUCAAAAACAUCAUAAAAAGUUGACAUUAAACCUUAAUAUUAUAUAUAAUCAAGAUUCAAGGCAAUAUCCGUAUACUGGACCAGAAUUUUGGUACCAUGAUGCAGAAUUCCACAGUUUAUAAGCUUUUGCUGGUCAUCACAGGCGCGACAUACUUCAUUGCGUCGAAAUAUCUAUUCAACAGCGUAUAUGAUGCUAUCGAUGUGGUCAUAGAUGAGUUAUUUCACAUACCCCAAGGUUUAGCAUUUUGCAACAGAAAUUUUACCUACUGGGACCCGAAAAUAACCACAUUACCAGGGCUGUACCUCAUAUCCACAGCCUUCCUGGGAUCUUACUUUGAAUGCAACACCUAUAAUUUAAGAUUUAUCAACUUAAUUGCAUCGACAAUCAAUUUCUUAUUGUUUGCGUCAAUAUUAAAAUUUGUAUAUGGCAACUCUCCAUUGAAGACCGUGUUGCAAGCCCUAAAUUUUGCUAUCUUACCUCCUCUUUACUUCUUCGCUCAUGUUUAUUACACAGAUACUUUGUCUUUAAUGUUCCUUUUGGCAUUUUCUAGAUUAUGUUUUACGAAUAACUAUAAACUGCCAAUUAUAAUUUUAGGUUAUUUAAGUGUGUUAAUGAGACAAACAAACAUAGUCUGGAUUGCUAUGGUCUUAGGCCAUAAAGUGCUAGAUAUUUUCAUUAAAAGCUCAAGGGUUUUCGGUAACAAUCAGCUCACGAAUAUGUCUUUAAGGAAAGAUUCAAUGAUUGCUAAAGAUGUGGAUAAUUCUAAGUUAAAACGGUACUACGGCAUAACAGAUGUGUAUAUCGCCUUAAAAUAUCAUGUAACGACUUGCUUCACCACCUUUUUCCAUUAUUUAACUUUUAACGAUUGGUUGAUCAUAUUUAUGCAUUCAACAGUACUCAUUUCUUUCGUUGCCUUUGUAUAUGUGAACGGCUCAAUCGUUGUAGGAGACAAGCAAGCUCACCAGGCAACGAUACAUAUACCACAAAUAUUUUACUUCUUAAUAUUCUACGGAGUAUUCGGUUUACCGUGUGUUUUGAACAAAUUUUCAUCGACUUUCAAACUAAUGUUCUCUAAUAAAGUUAAAAUUAUUUUGCUUACAGCGUUAUUUGCAGCUAUAGUACAUUAUAACACAAUCGUUCAUCCUUAUUUGUUGGCAGAUAACCGUCAUUAUACAUUUUAUAUUUGGAACCGUUGGUUUGGGAAAUAUGACUUCGCUAUUUAUGCAUCUGUACCGGUUUAUAUUUUCUUGCUAGUGAACUUAUACGCUAAUUUGAAAAAUCAGAAUUGUAUAUCGUUCCUGUUACCGUAUUCUGUAUGUUUGUUUGUCUCUCUUUGUCUCCAGAAAAUGAUAGAAGUAAGAUAUUUCUUGAUACCAUACAUCAUUUUGAGAUUACGGUUUGCCAGACCGUCUUUGUCGAUGAUUCUGUUGGAGUUUGUUUGGUAUAUUUGCAUUAACAUUGCUACGUUCCACUUGUUUUUCAAUAAAGAGAUCAUGUGGAAUGAUUUUGAGGAACCGCAGAGGUUAAUAUGGUGAUAAAAAUGGUUACGUUGAUAUUUUGUGUUCGGUUACUGAACUUUUGGCUAUGUUAAAGCUUGUACCGUUGAUGGACCCAAGAGCGUUGAAGUUUGAACGGUGAGGUUUUAUGUCCAACUUUAUGGCAUUACCGUGUUUGUGAGAACGGUCUUUCCAGCCUACUUCCCCAAAACAAAUACAGAUGGCGCUAUUCAAUGUUACAUUUGUUUUUUAGCCUUCAAUACAACCCCUUCUUUUAAUAGAGUAACAGACAUAAAAUUGGCCACAAUAAAUCUGACUAGGUCGCAGUGGCCAUUCGGGCUGGAUUAGUUCGAGCCCUUGAUUCACAAACGGACAUAAAAUGCUUUGUUUAUCUUUGUUUAAGGGUGUAAAUGAUGACCCUUGUUAUUACACCCAGACACAAAACAUCUUCCACUCAUUAUUCUGAUCAAGGUAAUGAGAAGCAAUAUAGGUAGCAACGUUACAUAAACAGCCUAUAUACGUCCCACUGCUGGGCACAGGCCUCCCCUAAAACUACCGGAGGGGUAUGGAGCAUACUCCACCACGCUGCUCAAAUGCGGGUGGAGGUGUUUUUACGGCUAAUAGCCGGGACCAACGGCUUAACGUGCCCUCUGAAGCACGGAAUCAUCUUACUUUUUGAAAAGUCCUUACCAAAGGACGGUCUCACAAAGUGAUUUCGACAAUGUCGACAUCGGGAAUCGAACCCGGACCUCCAGAUUGUGAGCCUAACGCUCUAACCACUAGACCACAGAGGCUGUCGUACGUCGUGUACGGUAGCAACGUAAUGCUAUACAGGGUGUUUGUUAGUGACAUCGUAACAAAUACUUUGAGGGUUGAUUCAGACCAUGAUUCUCAGUUGAUAUUAAGUGGAAUUUUCCGUCGCAAAAGUAUGGAACGGAAAAUAAUUUAAAAAAACAAUAAAAUUUUCAUGGAUUUUUGCCAGAAAAUUCCAAUUGAUAUCCACUCAGAAUCAUGGUCUAUAGCAUUCCCUUCAGUAUUCGUUACAGUGUCACUAACACCCAUACCUACUUGUACGGCUGCCGUAUGUCAUUGUAUGGGGUGUAUGUGACAUCGUAACGAAUACUGAGAGGGAUGAUUCAGCUGAUUAUUCUGAGUUAAUAUCAAGUGUAAUUUUCCAUCGCAAAAGUAUAGAAUUGAAAAUAAUAAAAAAAAACUAAAAUAAAACAUGAAUUUUGCGACGGAAAAUUCCACUUGAUAUUAACUCAGAAUCAUGGUCUGAAUCAUACCCCUGAGUAUUCGUUACGAUGUCACUAACACCCUGUAUUUUUGAAUAAUUAUGUACCUGAGCUAUGAGGAAAUAGGUAACUAAUUAUAACGUUAAAAAUAAACAACGCCAUCUUUUUUUUUUUGGGAAAUGUGGGCUGUAAAGUCCCUCAUUGAGUCCCUCAAAUUAUACCUUAUAUAUUUUUGUAUGAAAGAUGAUAUGAAUGUACAAAUUAUAAGGAAUAAAAUUCCAAUUUAAUAAUUAUUUUUGUAUGCUAUUCUAAUCGAUAAUUCGUGGUUAAUUAAUGAAUUAAUUUUAUUAUCGAUUUGCGAUUUAAAAAAUCAAUCAAAGAUGCUUUUUUUUGUAAUUUUAAAUAUAUUUUUGUAUAAUACCUAAAUAAAUAUUAAUUUGAAGUA